UGCGUUACAGAGUCACCAAUCCAACGGCUCACAGCGACCUUUUGACUUUCUCUCUCAUAAUUUCUUUACACGGUUCCCAACCGGUUUAUGCCGUUGCCGGGUCCCGCAUUUAAAUAGGCGGUCAAUGUCCAGACAAAAGUUCGCCACGUGGAGUGAUUUAACUGGUUCAUAGGGUUGACGGCAAUAUAUGAAAAAACGACACGAUGCCUUGCAUAGAGAGGGUAUCAGUUUGACUCCAUUCCCUUAAUUCUACCCCUUUUAUCAUCAUCGUCUUCCACCUUGUCUCUCUGCUUUUCUUUUUCGUUUUUUUUUUAAUCUUUUUUCCUUCUUUUUUUUUUUUUUAAUUCUUGCGGUGCUUUCUUACGGGAGUAUUUGUUUUUAUAACAAAUCAACAAUCUAAUUGUAUUUACGGGUUUGUCUGGUUUGUGGAUGGUUCUGGAGAAGGAUGGCUGUGGAGUUGAUGAUGGGUUACGGUGGUGAUAGUUUCGCAGCGGCGUCGCCGGCGAGGAUGGAUGAGAAUGCUCUGCGGGAGGCGGCAUCGGCUGGAAUUCAGGGUGUUGAGGAGGUGAUAAGAUUGCUUUCUCAAAGUCAACCGAGAGAUAAGCAACAGCUGUAUCAGGAAUCCUCGCCGUCGUCCUCGUUAAGCCCACCGCCAGCGGUGGAAAUCAAGGCUGUUGCAGAUGUAGCUGUGAACAACUUCAAGAAGAUGAUAUCUCUGCUGGGUCGAUCUAGAACUGGCCAUGCUCGGUUCAGAAGAGCUCCUGCCGUCCAGAUUCACCCCCAGCAACAACCAGAACAGCAGCAGCAAUCCCAGCCAAAGUUUCAAACGCAGAGCAAUCACCAAGACCCAGGUCCAUCUGUUUCUGUUCCGUCGGCCACGUAUCAUCAAACGACAGAGCAAGGUUCUGCUUUCAGAGUCUAUUGUCCAACUCCCCUUCAUCGUCUACCUCCUCUGCCCCACAAUCACCACCACAACAAGUCCAAUCCUCAUCUGGGGGUGACCAAGAGCGGAUUCGUGGAGAGAAAUGAUGCUCAUGGCACAAUCAAUUUCUCACCAUCUCCAUCAAUUUCUGCCGCGACUUCUUUCAUGUCGUCCUUAACUGGGGAAACGGAUAGCAUACAGCGAUCUUUAUCUUCUGGUUUUCAGUUCACAAACCCAUCUCAUGUUGCGUCCUCUGGCAAGCCUCCUUUGUCAUGUUCUUCUCUCAAGAGGAAGUGCAGUUCCAUGGACGAUGCUGCUCUCAAGUGCGGUUCAUCUUCUAGUCGAUGUCAUUGCUCCAAGAAAAGAAAAUCAAGGGUAAAGAGAGUAAUCAGAGUUCCUGCAAUUAGCAACAAGAUGGCUGAUAUUCCACCCGAUGAUUAUUCUUGGAGAAAAUAUGGCCAGAAACCAAUCAAAGGCUCUCCUCAUCCAAGGGGAUAUUACAAAUGCAGUAGCGUCAGAGGGUGUCCUGCUCGGAAACACGUGGAGCGCGCUCUAGACGAUCCCAUGAUGUUGAUUGUAACAUACGAAGGCGAUCACAACCAUACCCAACCAGCCGCCGAGAUGCCGGCGGCGAUUGUCCUGGAGUCAUCGUAAGUCAAGUGAUCGGACGGUCAUCUGAGAGGUGAUUUCUCAGUUUAAUCACGCCCUUCCAAGACAAGGAUUGGGAGAAGACCAAACGAUCAAUCAAUCAGUGGUUGAGAGGCGUGAUUAGUCAACGCUAGGAGCUUGGUUGGGUAAUGGUAGCUGUUGAAAACAAUAUAGGAUUCCUUUUGAUUUUUUUUUUAAAUUUUUUUUUCUUUUUUUUUUUUAUAAGAAAUAUAGAAAUGGUGGAUUCGGUGGGUGUUGUUGAAUCAUGAUUCAUGCAAGCAGCAAGUAGUGGGUUCUUUUUUUUUUUUUUUAUUUUGUCAAUUAUAAA